AGUGGAAUGACUGAGAAUCCUUCCUGAUUUAUUGCCUUUUGUGUUGUUCGCGUGAAAAAAAUUUGUGUGAAAAAAUGGGAUGUUCCUCGUCGCAGAGUUCAAAUGUUGCAACGGAAAAUGGCAAGGAACAGCCAGCGACUUAUCCGCCCUCGACUGCCUUCGAGAUCCCUCUAGACGAUGAUGAUGAUGGCAGUUUGGUGAAGAAGCAUCCACCGAAGAGACUCCGCCGCCUCGAGGAAAACCCCUCGACGCCGCCCAGCAUAGAGGAGCUGCAGGAAAAGCUGGCCAAUGCCGAGCUCAGGCGACAGCAGAUCCUGCAACAAAGAGUGGCGAAUGUGGCGGGACGCAUGAAUGGCGAUGAGAGGACUUGCGGUGAGUUGGACGAGAAUGACAACAAGAGCGAGCCAAUGGAGCCUGAUAAAGGAUGA